UACUACUCGGGUGAUAUUUUUGUGUUGUAUUGUAUUUCGGUGUCUUGACCACCAACCGUCACUAAUCACAGCCCCGAGCCACUAGUCGGACCUCAUCGGCCUACUGCCAGGAGACCAUCCCCUCAUGACUUCUUAUAUUGGCAUAUGGAAGGUUUGUGUGGUUCUUUUGGUAAUAUCUGAUCAUGUUGGACUCUCGUUACCUUGUAUCCCAUCAAUAACUCUCCACAGAAGUUCAAGGAUCAUUCAGACCCAAGGAAUGUCAAUUUCCCUGAGAUGUCCAGUCCAUUUGUGCUACCAGGAUCAUCUGCCCAACGUGACCUGGUGCAAAAUAGAUGGGGCACAAUGUGAGAAUGUAGAACCUGAUGAUCGGAUCUCUUCUUGGUGGGAAGACACAAUAGAAAAUGAAGCAAUUCACGUUCUGAGCAUUCACCCUGUACAGACCAAUGACAGUGGAUUGUAUAAAUGCACAGCAACCUUUAUGGCGGAGCACAUAGUAGGAAGAGUGCUGGAAGUUGCCAUAGAAAGUAUCAGUGAACCCUCUGUGUCUUUGGUGUUAAAUGGUGAUGGAUUUCCGGAGUGUAGAGCCAGUGGUCGUGGUUCGCUAGCAAAUAUCUCUUGGAUUCCACUUUCUGAUGAUACAAACGUCACAACCACUGAAAAUCCAGAUAACAGUUGGACGGUGAUCAGCACAUAUGGGAUCGAUGAUAUUAAUGUUACCUCUGUCAUCUGUCUGGUUUCCCACCCUACAUUUAAAGAGCCCUGGAUCUGGUCCAUUUCACUGACAAAAUACAAUACUUGUAAAACAAUAAAACUUUUGGUGAAGAGUGAAGAUGCAGUAGGAGAAGAAACAGCAGAUUCAGGCCUAACGAUACAGAAACAGUGGGCUUAG